GUGAGAUCCAGCCGGUUGGCACGGUCAGCCAGGCUGCUUGAAGUUGGUCGCUCCACGGAUCGAAUCGUUGACUCUGGCUGAUGGCGACAGCUCUGGGACUGUAAUCGCGUCGAUGGCCUUCUUCGACAGCGGUCGGUUCUAAGGCGUCGCGCUGGUCGCAGUGCAGACUUGUCUAAUCGCUGGACGAAGCUUGGUGCUUCGCUGGUGCCUCUCGAAAGAUACCACAGUUGCCACAUCAUCAUCCGGCAUCACCCACAUGGCGCGAUCGUCGUCAAGCGGCUUGGCCUCACACUUGGUUCGGUCGUUUCAAGGCGCAGUGUAAUACAGUAUGGUCGCUCGCACACCAUCGCCGUACGAAGGCAUCCUCACGCGGCUCGUGGCGUUGCGCCAGCACUUCCACGAGCACCCGGAGCUCAGCUUCCAAGAGGUGCAAACGCAGACGAUGCUGCGCGACUUUCUGCUGGACGAGGCCAACGUGCCCGCCGACAACAUCCGAGCGUGCGCUGGCACGGGUCUGAUCGUCGACUUUGACGGACCCGUCGACGCCUCGACGCCGCGCAGUGCGCUGCGCUGCAUUGCCUUUCGCGGCGACAUGGACGCGCUGCCGAUCACGGAGCGCAACCCGCACUUGGCGUACGCGUCGACGGUGGCCGGUGCUGCGCACAUGUGUGGCCACGACGGGCACAUGACGUCGCUCGCGGGCCUCGCGUGGUUUCUACAGCGCGCGACGCUGCCGCCCAACACGCGCAUUCGCCUUCUCUUCCAGCCCGCCGAAGAAGGCCACUUUGGCGCCGUCCAAAUGAUCAAAGACGGGUGCCUCGAUGGCGUCGACGAGGUGUACGGCUACCAUAACGCACCGUUCCGCCUCGGGCACGUGCACGUCAAGCCCGGGCCCAUCAUGUCCCAUGGCUCCAAGUUUGCCAUCUCCGUGACAGGCCCCGGCGGCCACGGGUCGGCGCCGCACGCUACGACGGACCCGGUGCUUGCGGCGGGACACAUUGUGGUCGCGAUGCAGAGCCUUGUGAGCCGCAACAUUCCGGCCGGCGAGAGUGCGAUCGUGACGAUCGCGACCAUCCACGGCGGCGAAGCCGACAACGUCAUCCCGUCGCACGUCACGAUGACAGGCACGUACCGCGAUUUCAACCCGGCAAUGGCCGACAUCAUCGAGACGCGCAUGCGCGGCAUCGUCGAGAACACGGCGGCGGCGUACGGCACCACCGGCCGCAUUACGUUUGACGACUGCUACCCCGUGACCAUCAACGCGCCCGACCAAGCCGCGAUUGUCGCCGACGUAGCAGCGUGCGUGGCCGGGAAGGGUUGCGUGAGCGACGACGGCCUCCCGCUCUGUGCGUCGGAAGACUUUUCGUACUACCUGCAGCAGCGCCCAGGCUGCUUCUUCAUGCUCGGGACCACCGUGGACGGCGAGGCCCAGAACCGCCAGCUACACAGCGACACGUUCGACUUUAACGAUGGCGUGCUGCCGCUUGCGAUCCGCCUCUUCCUUGAGGUCGCCCAAAACCGACUGGGCGCUGCUCUCAUGACACCCGAGGCUUUGUCGAGCAUUUACGAGCCCAAGGGUGACUGCUAAUUCCUUGUUUCGGACAAUAAGAGAGAAUGUGAUCAACACUGCGCGAGACUCUUGUGCUCCGUGGAAUUAUGCUGCGUCUUGACUUAACUUGGCUCUACAUCAGGACACUCGCAUGCUUUUGCGUCACUUCAUAGAACGUCGGGCAACCACGACGGUAUCAAUCGAAC